CAGGCGUGAUUGUGGUCAUGACUACGUUCAUCUUCAUACAAAAGUCUCUGGUCUGAUGUGUUACUUCCUAAUUCACCCAUCGUGUGAGUCUCGUCUCUUCUCUAUUCUCACUCUCGCUGUAAUGGAGUUGUUCAUCUUCAUAGUGUUUCAGCUCCUGACGGAGGUUCAGUCUUACAGUUCCCUUCAGAAACCCUUCAUCGGUGUUAGUGAUUAUGAUGACCAGCUCUUCAUAUCAUGUGAAAUACCACUUACAGUCAGAGCUGAUUUCAUCUGUAGUCUCUACACUGAGGAUGAUGUUCUUCUGUUUCACCGUGUCUCUCAGUGGAGUCAGUCUGGAAAGAAUCUUUGUAUAUUUUAUUUAAGUCGUAGUGAAAUCUUCACACAAUCAGUGAACAGCAGAGAGCUGAGCUGUGUUUAUUCACUCAAGACUGAACCUGAGAUCAGAUCACCACACAGUGACACAUACACCAUCAGAGACACAUUCCCCAUCACAGUCACCAUCACCAUCAGAGACACAAUCACCAUCAGAGACACAAUCCCCAUCAGAGACACGAUCACUACCAGAGAUCUUCCUCAGGCCAAGUUAAGAAUGUCUGCUUCAGUUAUUCUGGAAACAGACUCAGUUGAGCUGAGCUGUGAGAAUACUGAAGAUCUGAAGAUGGAGAAGUGUUACUUCAACAUAAAUGGAAGAGAAAGUAACUUAAAAGUGAGCUCAUCAUGUCAGCUCUCACUCACUGGAUCUCAGAUCAGUGUUUGGUCUGGAGGUCAGAGUUCAUCUGUGAGAAUAAGCUGCUUCUACACUGUGAUGAAGAAACAAGUUCAAAAACCAUCUGCUCACUCUGAUCCAGUGACAGUAAAAGUCCAAAUUUCAACAUCAACCACCACUGAACAUAUGACUACAACAACAGCCACGACAACCUCACUAGCUGUAAUCUCCACUUCUGAAACCACAACACCAUACAGUAAAACUAACCCCCAGUCCAUGACAAUCCUCUCAACAAGCACAACAAAGGAAACCAUUACUCUCCCUGCAGUUUCAACAGCAGGACCCACUCAAAAAUCUUCACAAAUGGACACAUCUUCAACAACAAUGGCUGUCAUUUUCACAUCUGAAGACCCAUUGUCCCACAGAACAGGCAACUUACUGCAUCUUUUCUAAAAAUCAGUAAAACAACAUAUAAGAAAAAAAUCUGUCCCUUUUCAUCAAAUCACUGAA